CCGAUAUUUUAAGCUAUCGUUGGCUGUCAAUCAACCAAAAUGGACGAAAGUCAAUGGAAGCCACGCGAUCGUCUGAUAAACUGUGGCCUCGAGUACCAGCCCAUUGCGGUGCAGUACAGAGAUGCGCGCAGGUUUUAUAAGACCCGGCACUACGACAGUGGCCCCGGCUUGAACUGGGUUGAAAUUUGCGUCCAUCACGAGGGUAUACUCAAUUUUACAACGAAUCCCAAGGAGCUGAUAUUGAAUGCUAUUUACGAGACGGUGGAGAAUGAACCGUUCUAUCCAGUUAACUAUAAAACGGGCCAAUUGGUGGACUCCUUUUUUGUACGCGCCUGUAAGCCGGCAUUGGAUCUGUUAUUCAAGCGCAGCUUAACCCUUCGCCUCAUUUCCGGUGCCUCUAUCCCCAUGGCCGCGUGGUUCAAUGUGGCUGAGCAUCAGAGGAGUCACAUUUCACCUACACUAAUCAUAUCCCAGGUAACCGAUCGCCUCUUAAAUCGUCUGGAGAACCAUCGUGGCGUGGAGAACGUUGUGAACCUUAGCAAGUUUAACAAUCAUCCAGCGUUCAAAUACUUUGAGGUCAGAUUGAAAAAUUCAUUCACCUUUCAUCUGGUCUGCUCGACCAUACACAACAACGACGAUCGUCGUCGUGCCAUAAAGGGAUUCAAUUUAUCCCAAAAUGAUCUCACCGAUAUUUCACCCAUGCGAAUCUUUGGCGAUUUUGACUAUGAAUUAUUGGAUAUAACAGGAAAUUCGAUCCAAUCCUCUAAGCGCCUCUGCAGCGAUCUAGAACGUGUGAGAGCAAAACACCUCUAUUUGGCAAACAAUCCUUUAACAAAGGCCAAUAAGUUUCCCGAUUGCUUAAGCCCUUUGAUUAACAAUUUUCAAUUUGUGGAUGGCGUACCCUUUGAUAAGCUCCACAAGCUAUACACGCCGCUCAACUAUGAGAUUGACAUGGAGUGCGACGGGGUGCGCAUCGAUUGGACCAACAAGUCAAUGCUAUCAAAGUUCAAGGAUAGCAAGCAUUGGCAUGCCUUUCUGAUUCCCGAUGCGGAUCAUAAGUUCAACAAGGAGGACCUAUUUAACUUUUUCUUUGUAAUGGUUUCGCCUGAAUUGAGUGAAUUUUAUCCAUGUUACUACAAGUUUGAAUCUGCCCAGCAUCGAUUUCUGGUGCGUGAGUGCUUCGAUCAAAUUGAGCACCUGGUCAACGAUUGCAAUCUUCAAAUAAAGAUUCCUCAAAUCACGCCAGAUGAGCAGGAGCUCACUUAUCGGAACUCCAUACCCUAUUUUCUGCGCAUGAAUGUGACCGCCAUGAAGCAAGGACAUUUGCAGCCGAAGAAAUGCAUUGAGCAGGCUUUGCAGCACCGCUUCAAUGCCACCAAUCGUGUCCUGAAUCUGGAGGACUUUCAAAGCUCAGAACAAUUGGAGAAUGUCAUCGUUAGCUUAAGCUCGCCGCGCAUCCUAAGCAGCGUCCUGCGGAUGGCAUCGCGCAAAUUCCUAGGCAACUGCAUUGAAUUGCGGUUGGGCGACAAUAAGAUUUUGGGCCUCAAUUUGCGCACAUUAUCGUUGCUGAAUGGCCUGCUGGCUUUGGAUCUUGGUAAGAAUUGGAUCUAUGAUCUGUCGAUGCUAACUGCGCUGAACGAGAUCCCAUUGAGGUCCUUGCGAUUGCACGGCAAUCCUUUGUGCCAAAAAUACGUCUUGCCCAGUGAGUAUAUUCGGGAUGUGAAGAAGGUAUGUCCUGGUCUCUUGCGACUGGACGAUGUGGACUUGAGCACAAAGCCGGGCUUGACACCCCAGAAGGAUUUCCUCUGCGACACGAGUGGCUAUGAGCUAGCGGGCGAACUGUUCUUAUAUCCCUACCUGCAGGAUUUUGAGCAAACGGAUACGCGCCUUACCCUAAACCGCUUCUACACUGACGAGUCCAUUUUCACGCUGACCUGCAGCUUUGACAUCCGCCGUGCCCAUCCCACCAAGCCGACGAAUGAGCUGUGCAAGCGCAUCAACAAAUACAAUUACUUCAGCAGGAAUCUGCUCAAGAAUUCGAUGGACACGUGUCGCGUGCAUGUGGGCGAACAUGAUGUAAUGCAGGCUCUGAUGCAGCUGCCAGAGGUGACGCAUGACUACAUCUCGCUGCAAACGGAUGUGAUGCACCACGAUGAACAAGGCGCCAUGAUCUAUGUGACUGGCGUGCUGCGCGAUGAGCCGGACUUGUUGCUCGCCUUUAGCAGGCAGUUCGUGCUCCGAGUGCGGGACACUGGGCGGGGCGUUGGCGAAGGAGCUCAGCGCAUGAUUAUUGCCAACGAACGUCUCAACAUUAUGAAUCCGACGCCAAAGCAGCUGCGAGAUGCCUUCAAGGUUGUCAAGCCGCCCGAGGUGGAGCCAGAGCCUGAUGACUCUCUGGAUGUUAAGGAGCAUAAGCUGCACAUCUUUCAGGAAAUAACCGGACUGCGCCCCAAGUGGUGCACCCGUAUCCUGCAAGAGGAGGCCAAUUGGAGCAUUCGAUCCGCACUUCAUCAGUUCCUUCAAUUGGACGAGAAAAAUGAAUUACCAGACGAAGCAUUUAUCUAAGGAAUAACGGAUUUCUUAUCUGCAUAUAUGUACAUGUGACGCAGGCGCACCUCAAGUGCCUCGAUUAAGUCAAUUUAUAGAGAAAUUUGACGAUAUCAGCAACUGCGACAGCAAAAACACUCAACACACCUUUACACUCAAGAGCCAACAAAUCAAAUAACUGUUACCAAACAUAAUCUCUGUGAUUAGCAGAAAUACCAAAAAGCACUACUAAUACCUCUGCGUACUGAUCAACUA